CGAUUGUACUAUGUUUACAUGGAUUAUCUUGGUGGGCUAUGUCAUUUCAUCCGAUUGUACAAGAUUUAAUCGAAAACGAAUACUCAGUACUAUUAUUUGAUUUUUAUGGUAGAGGUAGAAGUGAAAGUCAAGAUACAAUAGCAUAUACAUUAGAUUUAUUUUUAACUCAAGCGAUAGAUCUUUUGGAUUAUUUAAAUAUAAAUAAUAUUUAUUUAAUAGGAUAUAGUAUGGGUGGAGCUGUAGCCACUUUAUUUGCUGCUACCCAUCCACAAAGAUUAAUAAAAGUAUGUGAACUAGGUCCAGCAAUCGUACCUGUACCUGUACCAUUAAUGGGUAGAAUUGUAACCUUGCCCUACGUUGGUAAAUUUUUAUUUAGAUUUUUUGGGGCUCAAGCAAUGUUAAAAAGAUUAGAAACUGAAAGAUUUCGUAACGAUAUUAGUGAUUAUAGUAGUAUUGACCCAUUAGUUAUUGAUGACUUAGUAGAAAAAACAAGAUGGAUGAUUAAUCAAAAACCAAACUAUUUAUAUGCAUUCCAUUCAACAUUAUGUAAUAUACCAUUUUCAAGUGGAUUUGUCCAUUUAUUCCCACAAAUUCCCUCAACUCUUCCAAUUUUAAUUAUUUUAGGUACCAAAGAUCAGGUAAUACCUUUUGAAGUCUCAACAAAUACUUUUAAACAAAAUUUUCAAAAUGCCAGAGUUGAAAGUGUAGAAUGUGGUCAUUCUUUCACUUUAGAAAAAGCAAAACAAGUAGCUGAUUUAAUAGUUCGAUUUUUAAAAGAACCAUUAUAA